AUGGCUCCCGGACUGACCGAUACAACAAUUCCGCAGACUACAGAGAUGAGCACGAAGCAAAGCGGGGCCUCGGCUCCCACAAAGCGCCACGAGGAGUACCAGUAUUUGGACUUGGUGCAGGAGAUCCUCGAUGAGGGCGAGCACCGCCCAGAUCGGACGGGAACCGGCACAUACUCGAUCUUUGCGCCGCGGCCGCUCAAGUUCGCCCUCAACGCCGACGGGACGCCGGUGCUGCCGCUGCUGACGACGAAGCGCGUGUUCCUGCGGGCGGUGGUGGCGGAGCUGCUGUGGUUCAUCGAGGGCAACACGUCAUCGCUGGCGCUGUCCGAGGCCGGGGUCAAGAUCUGGGACGGCAACGGGUCGCGCGAGUUCCUCGACAGCGUCGGCCUGUCCCACCGCGCCGUGGGCGACCUGGGCCCCGUCUACGGCUUCCAGUGGCGCCACUUCGGCGCCGAGUACGUCGACGCGGGCGCCGACUACGCCGGCCAGGGCGUCGACCAGCUCGCCGAGGUCAUCCACAAGCUCAAGCACACGCCCUACGACCGCCGCAUUAUCAUGAGCGCCUGGAACCCGGCCGACCUCAAGAAGAUGGCCCUGCCGCCGUGCCACAUGUUUGCGCAGUUCUACGUCUCGUACCCGAGGGGCGCGGCGGCGGCGGCGGAGAACGGAGGCGAGGCCAAGAAGCAGGGACACCUGCACUGCCAGCUGUACCAGAGGAGUUGCGACAUGGGCCUGGGCGUGCCGUUCAACAUCGCGAGCUACGCCCUGCUCACGCACAUGAUCGCGCACGUGUGCGAGCUGGUGCCGGGCAGCCUGACGCACGUCAUGGGGGACGCACACGUCUACGUCGACCACGUGGACGCGCUGAAGGUCCAGGUCGAGCGGGAGCCGAGGGAGUUCCCGACGCUGGAGAUCACGAGGGAAAAGGGGGGGAGCAUUGACGGGUGGAAGGCCGAAGACUUCAUCGUCAAGGACUACAACCCCCACAAGACGAUUGCGAUGAAGAUGUCGGUAUGA